UAAAUAACUGUGUGCUACUAGUCAAGUCCUUUUAUCAAAUGCCCAUGUUGAUGGUGUUUAUGCGAAAAGGAAUUUUGAGCAUCCCGAGAAAACGUGAUCCACAACAACCAAGCGAUAUUGUUUUCCUCUUUUCCCACACAGUAUCGCUUGGUUUGUUUCACUCGAGCAACAAUUACUCAGAGAGACCAAUUCUCUCUAGAGAUAACGUUUUUUGAUGUUGCUUUGAUCGAUGUUUCUGAUAAAACAGCUGAUUGUAUGAAGAGGAGACUUAAAUGUACCGUCGUAAAAAAUACACGUCUUUGGAAAAUAAAUGGAGUUCGCGUUUAGUCCGUUCAAUGUUUAAUGAUUAAGUUAUGUGUUAUGUGUUAUGAUGUAUCCGAAAAUUUAAAUACGGUUGCGCGCGAACAUUUGGUCCUUCGAACCGGAUCGUUUAGAAUCAGUUUUUCGGAUACUUCGUUUAAAUUCAUUUGCGUAAAGUGUGUUACGAACAAUAGCGCACAAUUGAACUUACUUGACAAUUGGUGAAAUAAAGACAAUUCUGUUCGCCUUCGAAGUUGAAUCGAAUUCAAAAUACGCGGAUUGAGGUCACGGAGUAUACAGAUUAACCAGAGUUUAUUUGAUUCGGAUCACCAACUGUUAUGUAAAUUGUGGAGUUCAUAACUGAAGCUGAAAAAGAGCGAAACUCCCAACCAGUGAAAUUGGAAUAAAACAACGCCAUCACUUGUGCACCAUUGUGGAGUGCAGCUACAAUCACCAUUGCGCACUGGAAGCUGGGUUGCUGCACUACUGGAUGAAGGAUUUGACCAGGGAAGUACUGCUCAUUCUGUAAGCUUGGUGCAUGUGGCUUAGAAAUAAUAAAGGAAUACGACUAAAAUAAAUAAAUAAAAGUGCAUGCGAGUUUCAUUUAAUUUGGCUUGGCCUGAGUUUUUUUUGUCUGGUUGUGUUUCUAAAUCUGCUGGAUUUUGUGGUUGUUAUAUUUUUAUCCUCAUUGCAAUCACAUUCUGCCUUCUGUCACAUCGAGAAUCGCGUAUCGUGGAACGUAGAGUAAACCAAUUUGAAGUAAUAGAAAUCAGUGAGUGUUAUCAGUGGAAUAAAUACUUACGAAACUAUCGAAAUGAGCAAGGAAUUGAGAGCACUCACAAAGCGGGAACGGCAGAUGCUGAAUAGCUUGGACGUCGUGCAGCAAUUUUUAGAGGAUUUUGAAUGGGACAGGGAUGAGUGCCAGGUUGAAGUUCGGUUGCAGCUGUUGCAGGAGGAGUACAAAGAAUUUCUCGAAGUUCGCAACAAAAUUGAAAUUAUCAUGGAAGAUGCGGAUUCUGAGAAAUUUGCUGCGGGAGAUGAAGAUGAAAAAGAGGAAGCAGAUCAACUUCGAGAAAAGGCCAAUUUUGACGUAAUGCGGCAGUUUCAGAAUCGGUUUUGUGUGCUGAAGGCACAACUUUUGAAGCUAAAACCUGUCAGUACAGCAGUUUCGAAAUGCGACAGAGAUCAAUCUAAUUGUGGACAGCAGACUGCAGCAUUUUCUCGAGUUAAACUUCCGGAGAUUUCCCUUCCCCACUUCAGCGGUAAUAUAAAGGAUUGGGUUACGUUUCGCGAUACCUUUUAUAGUCUGAUCCAUAACAACUCGCAGUUGACGGAAAUGGACAAAUUCACGUACCUGAAGUCGUCACUCACAGGAGAAGCUCUCCAGGAGGUAAACGGCAUCGAGUUGUCUGCGGCCAACUACGAUGUAGCUUGGAAGACUCUGGAAUCCAGAUACGAAAACCGAAAACUCAUCGUGAAGGAUCAUCUGGAUGCACUCUUCUCACUCGAACCUCUGAAGAAAGAAUCUUACGAUGGUUUGAAUCAUCUUAUCUGCGAGUUUGAGAAGAAUUUGCAAAUGUUGGAGAAAAUAGGUGAGAUCGUUUCCGGUUGGAGUACAUUGUUAGUCCACAUGUUAUGUUUAAGGUUGGAUACCACGACUCUACGUAAUUGGGAGACUCACCACAACAGUAAAGAAGUCCCUACGUACGAGAAACUUCUGGCAUAUCUCCGUAACCAUUGCUCAGUUUUGCAGUCAGUUGCUUCUGCCAAACCUUCAAAUUUUGAUCAGCGUCAACCCAGAGUAGCAGUGUGUCACACUACAUUGAAGACCCCGGCCAGAUGUCCCUUUUGUACCGAUCCCUGGCAUUCACCUUUCCAGUGUCCAACAUUCCAUUCAAUGAGUUUGCCAGAACGAAACGAUGCUGUAUCUCGCUACCGGCUAUGUAAGAAUUGCCUUCGUCCCGGACAUGUCUUCAAAGAUUGCGAUCGAGGAACCUGUCAUCACUGUUUUCAAAAACAUCAUUCGAUGCUGCAUGUUGGGCAGAUUAAACACUCCGUUCCACAGCCGCAAUCCACAUUCGCGAUGUUGAAUCCUCCAUCGCAACAACCACAGUCCAUGCAACACAACUCACUCCAACAGACACACACUCAGCCACAAAACACACACACAGCCAACUCGCAUAGCACACAACGCUCACAGUUCAGCACAGAUCAUGCCACCACAAGCCAGAAUUAUGUCGCAGUCCCUGCCACACCAACACCCGAUAUCCUUCUGUCAACCGCACUCGUUCGUAUGAGAGACAACUCUGGAAAUUCACUGCUGGCUCGAGCAUUGUUGGACUCGUGUUCGCAGCACUGCCUUAUGACAAGAGCUUUUUCGAAAAGGCUUAACUUUGAUGAAACUUCAGCAUAUCUGUGCGUGCAGGGGAUUGGGUCGUCUCGUAAUAUUUCAACAAAAGCAGUGAAGGCAGCAGUUUGUCCAAGAUCACAAAUAAUUUCACCAUUUGAAGAGGAGAUGCAGUUCCACGUGUUGCCAGAAUUGACAGUGCCGUUGCCGACGACGAGUUUCAAUCCGUCCACUUGGACCCUUCCUGACGUGAAAGUUCUGGCAGAUCCGCAGUUCUAUGAGAGCAGUCCAGUAGACGUUAUCAUUGGUGCAGAACACUAUAUGGAUCUGCUAACCGAUGGCAGACAAAAGGUAACCGACGAUGGACCUACGCUACAAAACACGGUAUUUGGUUGGAUCCUAUCAGGAAGGAUUCCACGCAGCUCCUCCAGAAUGACCCAGUCAAUCACGUUUGUGUGCUCCACGGUAGAGAUUGAACAGCAGCUCACAAGGUUCUGGGAACUAGAAACCUGUAACACUACAUCCAACAACUCCAUCGAAGAAACAAUCUGCGAAGAAAUAUUUGAUAAGACGACAGUCAGAGAUUCAUCAGGAAGGUUCAUCGUUACACUACCGAAGAAAGAAUUCGCAAUUGAACGUCUUGGCGAAUCGAAAAGGAUAGCAAUUAAUCGGUUCAGAGGAUUGGAACGACGCUUCUCUGCAAAUCCAGAACUGAAGCAGAUGUAUACUGAUUUCAUCCAUGAAUAUCUACACCUUGGACAUAUGCAAAUCGUUACGGACAGAUCUGAAAAGGGAACAUACUAUCUGCCACACCACGCUGUUUUAAAACCAGAAAGCACUACAACAAAACUUCGAGUUGUGUUCGACGCUUCGUGCAAAACAACGACCGGAGUAUCUCUGAAUGAUGUCCUUCUAGUUGGCCCUGUUGUACAGGAUGAUUUAAUCAGCCUAACUUUGCGCUUUCGGUUGUAUCAAUAUGCUCUUAUUGCGGACAUCGCCAAAAUGUACCGCAUGAUUCGAGUUCAACCAAACGAUAGACAUCUGCAGAGAAUCUUGUGGAGGGACUCCUCCGACCAGCCCAUCAGCUCAUUCGAAUUGACGACCGUUACGUACGGAACAGCAUCCGCACCAUAUCUGGCGACCAAGUGCCUGCAGAAGUUAGCAGACUAUGGUCAGCAAACUCAUUCGCUCGCAGCAUCCGUCAUCAGAAAUAACUUUUAUGUAGACGACCUGCUAUUGAGUAUAGGUAGUAUUGAUCAAGGCAGAGAACUCAUACGUGAAAUCAUCGAAUUGAUGGAAUCAGCCGGUUUCUCUUUACGGAAAUGGAAUUCGAAUUCCCGAAAACUCCUAUUGGAUGUACCAGAAACCCUGAGAGAUGAUCGCACCAUUCUAGAGCUAGAUUCGUCCAGCGCUCCAAUCAAAACCUUGGGUUUGGCUUGGGAACCAAGUACAGAUAAUUUCCGAUUCCAUAGUCCUAAGUGGAGCAUGGCAGCAGAUAUUACAAAAAGGGUUGUGUUAUCAGAUGUCUCCAGAAUAUUUGACCCCUUAGGCUUGGUUGGUCCGGUGGUGGUGAAAGCGAAGAUUUUUAUGCAAGAGCUCUGGAAAUACGAAUGCAGUUGGGAUGAGCCUCUCACUGAUAGUCUUCAACAACAAUGGCAAGAAUUUCGGAGAAAUCUUGUAGACUUGGAUGGCAUGUCCAUUCCUCGUUGGGUCGGAGUCACCGCAACUGUGAAGUCCAUACAACUUCACGGAUUCUGUGAUGCAUCAGAGAAGGCAUAUGGGGCAUGUAUAUUUGUAAGAACCGUCGAGGACAACGAUACUGUUUCAACACACCUCUUGAUUUCAAAAUCACGGGUAGCCCCUCUGGAAAAUCUCAAAAGAAAAAAUCGUCGGCAGUCCAUUCCUCGACUUGAGUUAUCUUCAGCACUGCUUCUUUCACAUUUGCACGAGAAAGUGAUGGCCAGCAUCCACAUCGAAGUCAAGUCAUAUUUCUGGACGGAUUCGAUGAUCGUAAAAUGUUGGCUUACUUCAGCACCAUCCAGGUGGAAGGAAUUCGUUGCGAAUCGAGUCUCCGAAAUACAGCACCUGACGAGUGAAGGAGUUUGGAAUCAUGUAAUGGGAGUUGAAAACCCUGCUGAUAUUCUUUCCCGGGGCAUGACUCCAGCGCAGCUACAAUAUCAAUCCAGUUGGAGGCAUGGGCCUGUUUGGUUACAGCUGGACGAAUCGAAUUGGCCCCAACCCAUCCCAAUCCAGGAGGAAGAAUUAGACAAGUCAAUUAUGGAAGAGAAAAAAGUCAUCACAGUAGUUCUACAUGCAAUCAACCCAACUGCUAACCGGAAUCGUCGCAAGCAUGGAUUCAUCACCGCUGAAGAACGCGACGAAGCACUGAAAAUUUUAGUUCGUCUGUCCCAGAAAGAAGCAUUUCCACAGGAGUUUGCUGACUUAUCCAAGGGUGAACAGGUUCAGGAGUCCUCUAGAAUAAGUUCACUUCAUCCGCAGAUAACAGACGGCAUUAUUUGUGUUGGCGGCCGGUUACAGCAUGCGCUGUUGUCAACAACUCGGAAGCAUCCAUUCAUAUUGCACCAUCGACACCCGCUAACAAGAGCAAUUGUAUCAUAUUACCACCGUAAGCUGUUUCAUGCAGGUCAACAACUCUUGAUUUCCACUGUCCGUGAACGGUUCUGGCCGACAAACGCUCGAAACCUGGCCAGAAAGGUUAUUCAUGAAUGUGUUCCAUGUUUUCGCAACAGACCCAGAAUACACGAUCAACUGAUGGCAGAUCUUCCACCGGAAAGAGUCACUCCUUGCAUACCAUUUCAGCGAGUUGGAGUCGACUACUGCGGGCCGUUUUGGAUUGCGUUUCCACAUCGCCGAGCUCGUCCAACGAAAUGUUUUGUAGCUGUGUACGUGUGCUUGGUUACAAAGGCAGUGCACUUGGAGCUGGUCGCUGACUUAACAACACAGGCUUUCUUGGCAUCACUGAAACGCUUUUCAUCACGCCGUGGCAAGCCCAGUCUGGUAAUGUGCGAUAAUGCCACGAACUUUGUUGGAGCCAGACGAGAAUUGGACGAGCUAUGUACGUUGUUUAACAACCAACAAUUCCAACGGACUAUUUCUGCAGAAGCAGCGGAAAGCAAUAUUGAUUUUCGGUUCAUACCCGCACGUUCCCCAAACUUUGGAGGACUUUGGGAGUCAGCAGUUAAGUCCUUCAAAACAUUAUUUAAGCGGACCAUUGGCACCCACACCUUGCUGUAUGAUGAGAUGCAGACUGUUUUAACACAAAUCGAAGCUGUGCUAAACUCGCGACCACUGACUCCGGUGAGCAACGAUCCGAACGACUACGAAGCGCUAACACCGGGUCAUUUCUUGAUCCAACGACCUUUAACUGCGAUUCCUGAACCUGAUUUGGACGACAUACCUGUGAAUAGAUUGUCUGCUUGGCAACGGACGCAAUAUUUUAUGCAAUGCUUGUGGAAGAAAUGGUCGGCUCAGUAUCUCUCGAAUCUACAGAACCGCACUAAAUGGACGAAAGAACGCGAUAAUUUGACUGCUGGGACUAUGGUGCUGUUGAAAGAUGAAAAUUUACCACCAUUGAAGUGGCAACUUGGGCGGGUAGUGGAGUUGCAUCCCGGAUCUGAUGGUAAUAUUCGUGUUGUUACUGUACGCACAAGGGAAGGAAUAUAUAGGCGUGCAAUAUCCAAAGUCUGUAUCUUGCCCAUCCGUGAUAACAUUAAUGCAUCAUCAGAGGAGAACUAGGACUCCUCCAACGGCGGGGGUCGAGAGGCCCCCGCACACCAUCGCAUUUUGUAUUAAAUGGACAUCGUUUGUUUUGACUUCACCAGAACUGAGCUUAAAUCAGAGUCGAGGUAACCCGUUUUGUUCUUGGUGGUGGAAAGUAAUUGCAUGCAGUGUGAGGGUGUAGCAGUUGCGCUGGUUACCGAACCAGUUAUGUUUGGUGUGGUCCACACCUAUACAGCCGUAUCGGUUGUCUCAGACGAACCUCAGUUAAUCACAGUUUUACGUUUGGUAUUUUCGAGGCACACUUGACAUCAGCGAGGCCUGAUCCUAACUGGGGAAUACCGACGUAAUGUACACGUCAUUCUGUCUGCAGAAGGAACACCAACGCCAGGAGGCGCGGGCGGAGGCCAUCCGGCCUCCGUUUCAGGGAAGUCCUUUUUUGUAACAUCAUUUCGGUUUAAAAAAGCACCCUCUCAUUUUAUUCAUAGCACCACCACCAGCGACGAACGGUAUCAGGCACGACCAGUCAACACAUAAAGCAAGCACCAGCAAAACAAUGAACAGGACAACUGCGACUGCGGAGAUAACGUUCCAAAUCGUCAACAGAAAUUACAGUUACUUUCAACAACAAUCUCAUCAUUCACUAGCAUCAGAAACAACCGCAGACAAAGUGUAUCAGGCGCAUCAUCAACGUGUCAACUCCCAUCAGCAGAAUAUAAACACGAACUAAGAACUUGGCAGCAACAACAACAGCAAAUGAAACGAAAGAAGGAUCACAAGAAAACUCACACAUAUUGUAGAGCACAAUCGGCGAAUCUAGGUCAAGUUCAUAGUACCGUUACUCACCAGACGUAAAUAGUAGCACCAACAAUGACCAGAUGAUGUAAACAAACCGGGAUGUACCGUUACCACGGAGAGCGCUGCCUAUUUCCGAAGUGUGUGCCAGACAACCUCUAUUCUCAUCGGUUUCGUAGUAGCUAGAAUAGGACAGAAGCAAUUGAAAUGCAAGAUAUUUCAAGGCGGCCGGCAUGUUUAUGCGAAAAGGAAUUUUGAGCAUCCCGAGAAAACGUGAUCCACAACAACCAAGCGAUAUUGUUUUCCUCUUUUCCCACACAGUAUCGCUUGGUUUGUUUCACUCGAGCAACAAUUACUCAGAGAGACCAAUUCUCUCUAGAGAUAACGUUUUUUGAUGUUGCUUUGAUCGAUGUUUCUGAUAAAACAGCUGAUUGUAUGAAGAGGAGACUUAAAUGUACCGUCGUAAAAAAUACACGUCUUUGGAAAAUAAAUGGAGUUCGCGUU